CGUGCAAGCAACAGUUCACUGUGUACCUAGAUAGUGUAGCGUGCUUUUUGUACGUGCUGAGCAGAGCAAGUUUGGAAGACUCUUUCCUGUGUGCCUUUUAGUACUGCCGACUGAACCUACCUGUUAGCUAACUGCAGAUAAAAAAAUACUGGAAUUGUAGAAGAGCUCAACAAUUUAGUGUACUUUCAGCAAUGCCUCGAUCAGACAAAGACCCAGCCCGACCAAAGGGCCGCAUGACGGCCUAUGCCUUCUUCGUGCAAGCGCAGCGAGAUCAUUUGAAAAAGACACAGCCGGAGAAGAAUGUCGAUUUCAAAGAGUUCUCUCGUUGCUGCUCGACAGACUGGAAGAAAAUUGAGGAGAAAGACAAGCUAAAAUACGAGGCUCUCGCGCAAGCAGACAAAGUGCGCUACGACAGGGAAAUGGCGUCAUAUGUACCUCAGGAUGAUGGCUCAGGAAAGAAGAAAGGAAAGAAGACGAAGGACCCUAACGCUCCAAAGCGGGGAAUGUCUGGAUUUCUCUUCUACUGCAGCGACCGCCGUCCAGUGCUGAAAGCAGCGAACCCCGAGUGGGGAAUGAGCGACCUGUCCCGAGCUCUAGGCGACGAGUGGAGAGCGUUUACCGACGCCCAGAAAGAGCCAUACCUCAAGAAGGCCACCGCCGACAAGGAGAGAUACCAACAUCAAAUGGCGUGCUACAAGAAGGGAGGAUCGUGGCGAGACGCAGAUUACUAAUUCGGGCUAAAGCUGAUGAUUGCUGGGGGGUUAUACCAGAUGUGAUGAAAACAAUCUUUUUCCAAUGUUACAGUCAACGCCGAAUCGCGAUGUAUUUCUUGUUCGUCAUUAUCCAUCCGUAUUACAAGCAGCAGACUAACUUCUUGUCCUAGUUUCUUCUUGGAGCGUACUCGCGCCAGUUUUUUUAUUAUCUCUUUUCAUUGAGACUACCUAUAGCGUAACUCACCUGGUUGGAAUUAUCUCUUUGUUCGUCGCUUGGUCAUUCCAGCCUCGCUCUUUAUUCGCUGCCAUUUCCACUGAUACUCCACGAAUGUGUACAGACAAGUAUCUCACCACUGAAACUAGCAGUAACUAUAACAGUUGAAGAAGAAACGAAGAAGAAAGA